ACUUUAGGGGGGCGCUCACGACCUCAGUAUCUCUAUAAGCCUAGCCAAGGCUCUGCAGAAAGUAUUCAUUACUUUUAUAUAUGGAUUUACUCCUAGUUAUUUGCAGCUGUAUGAGGUGUCUUACUCAUUGAUUACUACAUUAGAAAACACAUAAAUGUUGACUAAAGGUCAGCGUAAAUUAUAAAAACUAUAAAUCAAGGCUGCCUCUUAUGAAGCUGUAGGCUGCCUCAUCAACCUGAACUACACUGAAACACCAUGUAUAGCCCUCAUACAUUCACAGAUGAAAAGUAUCGCUUCUUUCUGUUGGAGUUAAAAACUCAGGCAAAAUUUUGAGCAUUAAAACACUGAAAGUGAGGACUUGUAGCCAUUGAUUUGAUGCACAAGCUACUGCUAAUUAGGUUAUAAAAUAAUAAUAAUAAUAAAGCCUGAAAAGUUAUCUGUAAUUAGAAAUAUCUGGAUUCAGACUCAUGAUGACUGUCACGUGAAAAAAACUGGAUAAAAGCAUCUGUAGAAGUAUGUGGCUGACUCUGAAUAUGCUGUAUGAAACUGUAUUGUAUUGUUGGGAGUAUCACUCCCACCACACACACACACACACGCACACACACACACCCUCCUCCUCCUCUGGAAACCUGUUCUGGAGGGAGUGACUUGAUCCAGGCGGCGUCCAAUUAUAUGGAAGCAGCACUUAUUCCACUUUAUUUCAGGCUACAGUUAAGUGGCUUGAAGCCUUCAGAGACACACGGGCUCGUAGUAUGAAGGGCAGAGCAAUAGGCAGAGAGACGAUACCCAUGUGACAUGUGGACAGAAAGCUAUAGACAAAGGUAGAAAUAUCUACUAUAGCAAGUGAAGCGUCUGGCAGCGCUCAGAGGAGACUCCGAGGAUGCUCCAAAUCAAAUCCACGAGGGGCUUUUUUUCUCGUCUGGAAAUUCACGACUUCAUAUAAAUGAUUCAUUAGAGCCUGUUUCUAUUUCUAUGGGAGUAAUUGCGCUCGCAGUGAGUUUCAGCUGAAGCCGGUCACCAACCAGUCAACAGAGAGACGGUAGUAAAAAAGCCUGGGGAAAAUUCUAAAGUCAAUUCAUUUGGGGAGUUUGAUAAGCGUUCCUUUUUAACCUGCACUGGACCUCAUCUGUCAAAAGGAUCAACUGUUGCUGCAGCCGGAGCGAGCACAGAGACAUUCUCCAAGUGUGUCUGGCUUUCAUAAUGGAUGUUUGACCGUCACUUGGUCCUGUAUGCAGCCACACAGCCGGUGUUGUGCAAUUAACAUGGAAGAGAGACUGAUACUGUUGUUGAUGCCUCGGAUACACCUUCAUCUGUCCUGAUGUGAUGCCACAUUGUUGCACUGAGGAGAAUGAUAAUAUCCCACACCGCUGCCGGCUUUUUCAUACUGGUUGAUCAUCUCUUGACCUUGCCCGGUUUUGACAUCUAUUCAGCGGGAGAUCAACAUGCUGAUGAUGAUGGAGAACAGCGGUAUGGAUGCGCAUCAGGUUGAUAUCGAUUCGGAAUUUGAGCCUCACAGUCGGUCGCGGUCGUGCACCUGGCCGCUGCCGUGUCCGGAGGAUUUCCCCGGGGGAGAAGAGGCGAGCCGGGGUCUGGCCCUGGCAUCGGUCAAAGUGGAGCAGUACAACGUGCCCGCAUGCCGGGCCGAGAGAAAAGGCGGCGCGCCGGCGGAGAUCAAGCACCCAGCCGGCGCCCCAGCCCCGGUCGUGGCCGCCCCUGCUUGCAUGUCCGGGGCUGCGCUCGACGUGGCCGGCCAGCUGCGCAAAGCCAAGUCCUCCCGGCGGAACGCGUGGGGAAACCUGUCGUAUGCAGACCUCAUCACCCGUGCCAUCGAGAGCGCCCCGGAAAAGAGACUCACCCUGUCCCAAAUUUAUGACUGGAUGGUUCGCUUUGUUCCUUAUUUCAAGGAUAAAGGCGACAGCAACAGUUCAGCCGGAUGGAAGAACUCAAUCAGACACAAUCUGUCCCUGCACAGCCGCUUCAUACGGGUGCAAAAUGAAGGGACGGGGAAGAGUUCCUGGUGGAUGCUGAAUCCGGAGGGUGGGAAGAUGGGAAAGGGACCACGACGACGCGCGGCCUCUAUAGACAACGGUACUCGCUACCUGAAAACCAAGGGUCGCAUCAGCCGGAAGAGAGCAGGCGCUAUAGGCCUUGGACGGGGUCAAGGUCAGGGGGGUGGACCUGCAUUGCAAGGCUCCCCAGAGCAUGGCAGUCCAGCAGGGAAAGGAGGUGUGGGCAUGGGGAGUGAGGAGUACGACACCUGGACGGAUCUCCAUUCCCGCACCUCCUCCUCUGCCUCCACACUUAGCGGCUGCUUGUCACCGAUUCUGGCUGAGGCGGAGGCUGACGAACCAGAGGAGGGCGGACUGUCCUGUUCAGCCUCCCCUCGACUGUACCCCAGUCCCACCAGCACCCGUUCCCCAGCCCUGGGCACUGGGGGCCACUGCCCCACUGUGGAACUGCCCCAGCUGACUGACCUGACUGGGGCAAUCAGUCUAGAUGAGAGUGGCUACCCCCAGCCACCGCAAAUCAAAUGCAAUGGUUAUCCCUAUGUGCCUGGGCCCAAGGCAGAGGGCUCCUACUGUGGGCCCAUAUAUGGACAGCCUUCCAUGGGCAUGCUCCGGCACCACACUCCCAUGGAGACCAUCCAGGAGAACAAGCCAGUCAGCUUCCAGCGCCCAAUGAGGGGCUACUCAGAGAACAACGCCCUGCAGAGCCUGCUUACCGGUGGUCCUUCAUACUGCAACAAAGACACAGUGCUGGGCCAGGGACGGGAAACACACACACUAAUAACACAGGGAACCAAUGGCGUUCACAGCCAGCACAACCACAAUCAGAAUCGCAGCCACAAUCACAGCCACAAUCACAGCCAAGAGCAUGCCCACAAUCCCAGUCUACACAAUGGCCACGGCUCAGUCCAUGACCAGAACACAACCCACCAUCAGAACCAUAAUCAGGGUCACAAACACCAAGCCAGCCUCGACUACAGUCACAGCCACAAGCCCCACCCUUCCCAUGAAUAUGGUCCUAGUCACGAGCAUGGUCACAGUAACAAAGUAACCCCCAGCCACGAUCACAACCCUCGCUCCAGCCAGAGUCACAUGCACAGCCACAACCCCCAUAACCCUAUGCACAGCGGGCCUCACCCACAGGCCCUCUCCCCACGGGUGAGCACUGACAUCCUGCAGCCCUACAGCCUCAAAACCUCUAACCACUAUGGGCCCCGCCCCCACCUCCCAACAUCGCCAUCCCUGCCGCCCAACCCUGCAGGGGUCAUGGACGUUCCCCAGGACCCCUGUCGCCUGGCGUCCGCGCCUCAUCCCCGUCACCAGCCUUACCCAGGAGCUCACCAUCAGGGUAUGACCGACUCCUGGCACGGCUACUACCACAACAACCACCAGCCGGGAAACACUGGUUACCAGGGGCAACAGCACAACUCCCACAGUAGAAUGGCUGCGAAGCUGGAAAUGGAAACCAUAUCUAAUAGCCUGGACUGUGAUGUAGACUCCAUCCUGCUCAAUGACUUUAUGGAAACAGAGAGCAUGGACUUCAACUUUGAUGGCUCUCUGUCCCAGGGUGUGGGCAUGGGGAUGGGCGUGAGCCUAGGGGCAUUUGCUUGCCCUCCACCGGCACACAGCAACCAGAGCUGGGUGCCGGGGUGAACCCAAGUCCAAGGGUUUGGAUAGACACAUGACCGCAAAGCUCACCCACUGGGCCAGGCUGCUGGUGGGCUGUAACCUUGGACUGACUGACUGUGAUUCUGUUUCUAUGAGACUGUAGAGCAAAAUAUGUAUUGUCAUUUUGUUUCCUGGGGACUCCCUACACCCCCAUCCUACUCUUCCUCUCUUUCCCCCCUGUAAAGCCUUCUGUCUCCAAAUUGAACCUGCCCUCAAUGAGCCCACUGCUAAAGACCCCGUUGUUCUUGCCCCUCAGUUUUUUUUGUUCUGUUCUGCCUGUCCUAAGCUCUCAAGCACUUUACAUCCAUCCUUUCAUACAGAUGCAGUAACACAAAGACCAGGCAAAGUCACGUUGUGUGUUGGCUUAAGUUUAAUGUAUGCAAUCCACUUUUACAGUAUUAUCUCCUCCUACAAAGGAGGUGUUGUUUUUGACUUUGGGAACAUGAUCAAACAGCUGCAUAAAUAUCAUUCAGCGUAGAGGUGCUCUCAGAUUGGGGGUUAAAAGGCAGGGGAGGCUUUUUGAGGAUGAAGUAAAGAAAAGGAGGUUUUAAGAAGAAGAAGUAAAGAAGCAAAGGAAUGGAGGGAUAGAAAGGAAGGGAACUCCAGGGUCAGUGUGACUUCUCUCCCUGGUGGACAGUGGUGUUUCCUGUUCGUUUCAGUGCAGGAGGACAGUCAUCCAUCAGGCAACCAUCAGCACCACUCCAUUGAAAUGCAACGUCCCUUCUUUAAUCUCCAAAGUAAUGCCAGAGUGAUGCAUCACUAUUGCAAAUCUAAUGCGCCACUCUGUGUUUUUUCAACCCCCCCUUCAGCUCCGGACACACCAGCUUAAUGUGUUUUGGCGAAAGUGAUGAUUAAAGUCACUCUGCACUAAAUGGGGGAGGGAUUGAAAGGGGUGGUGAUGGGGAGGGGGGGGGGCAUUGAGGGGGAGAUGAUAGGAGAGGAGAAAUGCAAAUAUUCCCUCUGUGCCUCUUCCUCUCCAUUUUGUGGAUUUAUGUAGCUUUCCCCAUAAUGAAAUAAGCAACGAUCAGAGCCUGCUGUACAUCCUGAGGAGCUCUCUGAUUGGCCUGUGCUGGGCUGCCUCAGCAUGGCUCCUUCACCGGCUGACCCCAGAACAGCUUAGUGAGCAGCAGUGGUCAGGCCAGGAUGUUGAUGGAGCUGCCGUCCUCAGACCCCAGGCAACCUUGUCUAAUUCACUAACACCCAGGUUCAAGCCCCACUAUGUGCUUUUACUCCUGCAAAUUGCACACUGAUGAACAACGUCAGCAGAUUACUAUUUGGUGCUAUCUCCUCUUCCCAGGCUCCCUCCUAUCGCGCCGCCCCAUCCCGAGGUUACUCGGAGGGUAAACAAGAGUAAUUAACCGCCAAACAAGAUGGAUGAUUUAUGCAAGUGUGUGUAUUCGCUCAUUGGCACAAAGUCAUAAUUCUUCCCCCCGCCAAGCUCAAGGAGGGCGAUUUUUGAGAGGUGGUGUCCAGCAACAAGGUAAAACGGCUGGCAAGUGGUGUGCUUACAGUGUCCUUCAAGCAUCCCCUUUUCAAGCAUUCCCCACCCCAUCCUGACCAUAGCUUUACUUUGCUGUUGUCUUUUCUUGUGCUUGUUCCGUGAUUGUGCAGUUGUCUGUCCUGUUUCAAUACAACGUGGAUAGGAGCUUUCGUGUGCGUUUUAUUUUUCUUCGUUCCCGGAGGGAAAACAGGCAAAAGGGGACAAUCGCCAAACCUUGUCCUGGCACCUGUCCCACUCAAGACAGAGAGAAUAGGAACAAGAGAGAGAAGAAAGGUAGACAGAUACGGCAAGAGACUGAAUGGGAGGGAAGCUAGAUGAGUGGGCAGUAUCUGUGAGACUGGGAGAGAUUUUCCAGCUCGGUAGCUUUCUGUAGAAUUGGCUGUUUGAAUCAGGCCAAAUGUCAAGUGCUACUCAGCCAGCUCCAGCGAGCUUUGACCAGAAAGCCACUUCUCCCUCCUGAUCAAGGACAAUGACGGGUAUUUCCAUACACAUUUCUUUUGCUUUCUUCUUUCCUUUUCAUGAGUUAAGAUGGCCCAUUGUUGUAACCCAACUGUAAUUUGUUCUCUGGCCUGUGUGCAUUUGUGUGUCAAGCUUCUCGUGGGUGUGCGGGCGUGUGUGCACGUGUGCGUGUAGCGCAGUGAUGUACAAGAACUGAUUAAGGGAAUAUUGUUGAGAACUAACUUGCCCUGGUAUUGUCCAUGCCUGGCUGAGUGCAGCAUACAUAAUAUAUACAGUUUAUAUUUAUUGGUUAGGGAGAUGGGUCUAUGGAGGACCGCUCAGACCCGUCACUGCUUUGUCUCCUUGAUGACAAAGAGGCAGAAUGCUAUUUCAGUUUGACUACAUUCAUUCUGUACAUAAUCUAUAUUGAGAAAAUUGUAUUAUAAUUUUUUUGAAAAUAUCAAUUUCUUUUCUAAAAUGAUGUAUCUGCUCAUCUGGUGACCGUAAAAUAAAAACAAAUAAGAACAUA